CACACACACACUAUACACAAGACAUUCAGUUUCACUGACUCAGGUGUGUUUUAUAAGAGAGUGUCAGUGAAUGAUGGAGGAUCUGUGACUCUACACAAUCAUCUCACUAAACUACAGACAGAUCAUCUGAUAGUCUGGUGGUUUAAAGGCGAUCGCAUAGCUAAAAUCGACAGAGCGGUCAAGAGUGAUCCAGUUUAUGACCCUGAUGAGAGAUUUACUGACAGACUGAAGAUGAAUCCUCAGACUGGAGAUCUCACCAUCACAAACAUCACAUCUGAACUCACUGGACUUUAUAAACUAGAGAUCAUCAACAGACAGACGGAAACGAUGUUUCAAACAUUCAGUGUCAGUUUGUUUCCCAAAGUGAAGAAAGUGAAAGAGAGAGAUUCUGUCUCUCUACACAUUGGUAUUCCUGAAGAACAGAGAAAUGAGAAGAUACACUGGAAGAUCAAACACAACAACUCUCUUGUAGCUGAAAUCAUUACAGAGAAUAGAAAGAUCUCAACACCUUUUAUUGAAGAGAGAUUCAGAGACAGACUGAAGCUGGAUGAUCAGACUGGAGAUCUCAUCAUCACACACAUGAAGAAUGAAGACUCUGGACAGUAUGAAGUAAAUGUCACCAUCGGCAGCAUCACACACACUAUACACAAGACAUUCAGUUUCACUGACUCAGAGUCAGUGAAUGAUGGAGGAUCUGUUACUCUACACAAUCAUCUUACUAAACUACAUACAGAUGAUCUGAUAGUGUGGAUGUUUAAAGACCGUCACAUAGCUAAUGUCAACAGAGCGGUCAACAGAGAUCCAGUUUAUGAGCCUGAUGUGAGAUUUACUGACAGACUGAAGAUGAAUCCUCAGACUGGAGAUCUCACCAUCACACACAUCACUUCUGAACUCACUGGACUUUAUCAACUAGACAUCAUCAGAGAAAAGACAGAAACAAUGUUUCAAACAUUCAAUGUCAGUUUGUCUCCUAAAGUGAAGAUGGUGAAAGAGAGAGAUUAUGUCUCUCUACACAUUGAUGUUACUGAAGAACAGAGAAAUGAGAAGAUACACUGGAAGAUCAAACACAACAACUCUCUUGUAGCUGAAAUCAUUACAGAGAAUAGAAAGAUCUCAACACCUUUUAUUGAAGAGAGAUUCAGAGACAGACUGAAGCUGGAUGAUCAGACUGGAGAUCUCAUCAUCACACUCAUGAAGAAUGAAGACUCUGGACAGUAUGAAGCAGAUGUCACCAUCGGCAGCAUCACACACACUAUACACAAGACAUUCAGUUUCACUGGUUCAGGUCAGUCUUCAGGUGUGAUAGCAGGAAUAUGUGUUGCUCUUCUCUUCCUGGUUAUGGCUGCUGCUGCUGCUGGUGUUGUGAUCUACCGUCACCUCAAAAUGAGACAUCAAGAUUCCAACACAAGAGAAGAGUCAGUGGAGAAAAAUGAGCCUUUGAGGAAUGGAGACGCCAGCAAUGGUGAUGUGCCUCCAGUGUAACAUGAUGAACAUUACAAACACAUCACAAUAACACAAAUUAGAGAAGCUCAAAGGAAAAGAAGAGUCAGAGCUCCCACUGAAGAGCUUCCAGGGCGAUGAGGAUCUAAAUCAUCUCGCAUUUCCUUUUUCUACUUUCCUUGACCAUGUGACUAAAGCUAACAUGACACAUUAAAAUUGACCAAUCAGGAGACCAUCUUGAGCACUCACUGUAGCGGUUGAUCACCACCAGCACCCCUAUCGUCUUUAGAACUCCACCUGGUGCCUUUUGGGCCGAAAAUGGAUGUUGAGACACUUCCUGUUAUUUUUUCAACCCUACCAGCGAAAGGUUUCUCUUUGAUUUGCCGACAACAUCAACAUUCUUUCAAUAGAGUUGAAUUACAUUCAAGUAAAUCAUCAGUAAAUAUCAGAUUUCAUAUCUGUUACCUGUAGACAUUGGAUGUAAUGUUUAUGACCUUAUACUCACACCUGCAAACCUGAUAUUUGACAUUGUUGAGCAGUGAAAAUAAUACACACCCUGAACGGACACACGUUGAGAUUCACUAGAAAGAGAUGUAGAGCUAGAAAUCAGACUUUGACCCAUCAGUGUUACUUUGACUUUAAUAUUCUGUCAUACAGCUUUGAUUUAUCUGAAGCUUCUGUUGCAGAAAGCUUUUAUUAUUUUAAUCUUACUUAAAAGUUUGCCGUUGGUUUAUUGUAAACUUUUAUUUUUGGUUUAAUUGAGCCACAAUUGCUUCAUUAAAUAACAUUUCAAAUACAUGUUCUAUAUAUAAUUUUCUCUAUUGAACGGCUUUCUGUCAGAGUGUAAUGUUAUAUCUAACAUCUUAAAUGAGUUUUCAUUGCGAUUUAGUUCUUAUAUACAUCUUUAAAGUAUAUUAUACAAAGUUCUCUGUGUCUUUCAACUUUCUAAACGAUAUCACAGCUUUAAAGCACUUGACGUAAUCCUGCUAAUAGACUAACUCAGAAAUAUAUCUACAUUUACCAUGAGAUGUUACAAUUUAAUUUCUUAAAAUGAGUCCCUUCAUCUCUGCUUGCACUAAUGAACUAUGGCACUGUUUGCACUUGGUUAUAUAUUGAACUGUGUCAAAUUAAAGUCUUGCUACCCAGUACUUUCUUAGGGAAGAACACUAUAGGAACACAUACGUACCGUAAAAUAAAGUGCAACCGACAAUUACUUUUGUUUAAAUCAAAGACUGGACGUAGUGUCUGUGACUUCACCUGUAUGUUUCUGGGGAGCUGUUUUAGCAGCGUGACACCCCUGAAAUGGGCAAAGAGGCAGAACAUGGUUGGAACUGACGUGCCUGCUUUGGUCCAAACGCGCUGGAGAUGCACAAAGGUGCGCACGACAUGCAACUCUCAUCAUCUGUGAUAGUGACAUACAAGCUGUUAUCAAGAUGUUGAAUGACUCUCAGACAAUCCAAAUGUAAUUCCUGUCCCCCAAAAACCUACAGGCCUAUAUGCGUCAUGAGACGUCUCCAAAUAUAAGUGCUUCCAACACAAGCGACUGCACAAUAACAGUAUGAAGAAAACUCUUGUAUAAUA